AUGGUGCAGGAGCUACUACCGUCGCUGAUCAUGGUACUUGUACAGUUUGAAUUUGCAGAUGUUUGCUUCAGUCACCCUCGACCCUUUGGCAUAUUUCGUCGAAAGAGGGAAAAGACCUCGAAUGACUUGGUCAAUUUUUAUCCAAGUUUUCUUCUGUUCGGUUUUUGGGCUGACAGCGAACCAAAUCACAUACUUUGUUGGUUUAAAGAACUCGAUGCCAACUAUUGCAUGUGCGUUAUCAAAUCUCCUUCCAGCACUCACUUUUUCCUUGCCGUCAUCUUCAAGCAUGAAAAUGCAAAGUUAAAGACAUUGGCUGGACAAGCAAAGUUGAUGGGGACAUUAAUCGGGGUGGGGGGUGCCAUGCUCUUGUCUAUGUACCAUGGACCUGUUGUACCAAUUGGUGAAUCAGGCAUUGAUGUAAACAUUAUGAAGAAUACGAUCACCAAAGAUUCGAAUGGGGAUACUCAAGGGAAUCUCAUUGGUCCAAUUUUAAUCAUCAUUAGUGCUUUCACUUGGGCAGUUUGGUUCAUUAUCCAAGCAAAAAUGGGCAACAUUUAUCCAGCACCCUAUUCGAGCUCAGCAUUGAUGAUGGCAAUGGCCACAUUUGAAUGA